CUGUUCUUCUAAGACAAUGGGUGUGGUCCAAGUACGGGAGCCCAAAUUAAAAGCCCAAAACGCGCUAAAAAUUCGCGUGAGCGAUGACGCCAUCGGCCACAAAAGCAGAAAGAAAAGUUGGACACGACCAGACCAGAGGUUGCGUGGAGACCGUGGAGACGGUGGUCGGCGAACCGGAUUCGCGAGCAGUCGCUUCUAUAAAUAAAUGCCACACACCAUUGCUGGAAUUCCUCUGCUUCUCUCAACAUUUCCUUCCUCUGUGGAAUUUGAUUUCUUCACGAGCUGCUGCUGCCGCCACCAUGGGUAGACGACCAGCAAGGUGCUAUCGCCAGAUCAAGAACAAACCCUACCCUAAAUCGCGUUUCUGUCGCGGUGUCCCUGACCCCAAGAUCAGGAUCUAUGAUGUCGGGAUGAAGAAGAAGGGUGUGGAUGAGUUCCCAUUCUGUGUCCAUUUGGUGUCAUGGGAGAAGGAAAACGUGUCCAGUGAAGCCCUCGAGGCUGCCCGAAUUGCUUGCAACAAGUACAUGACCAAGAGUGCUGGGAAGGAUUCUUUCCAUUUGAGGGUCCGUGUUCAUCCGUUCCACGUCCUGCGCAUCAACAAGAUGCUUUCGUGCGCUGGAGCGGAUAGGCUCCAGACCGGGAUGAGGGGUGCGUUUGGGAAGCCGCAGGGAGUUUGUGCUAGAGUCGCCAUCGGGCAAGUUCUUCUCUCCGUUAGGUGCAAGGACAACAACAGUCACCAUGCUCAGGAGGCUCUCCGCCGUGCCAAGUUCAAGUUCCCUGGCCGCCAGAAGAUCAUUGUCAGCAGGAAAUGGGGAUUUACAAAGUUCAACCGUAGCGAUUAUGUGAAGCUGAAGCAAGAGAACAGGAUCCAGCCUGAUGGUGUGAAUGCUAAGCUUCUUGGAUGUCAUGGGCGGUUGGCUAAUCGAGAACCUGGAAGAGCUUUCUUGCCCUCUACUGCAACUGCAUAGGAUGGUGCAGCUGUUCGAUGUGCGCUUCGAGCUGACUGAGUGGCUUUGGAGGCAGAGUGUCUGAUGGUCUCUUUGUUUGUUGUAUUAAUUGGUUUCCGCGAUGUAUUGCAGUACUAGUGUGUGUUAAAUCCAUGUGAGGUGUGACCUUUUCGACUCAUAUCGUAUGUGAGGAGAGCGACCUCACCGUAUCCUCUGGUGUUGCACCGGACUCGAGUGCAUAUGUAAACUACUACCUGUUCUGUAUGAACAUUGAUAUAUACUAUUAUUAUAUAAUAUAAUAAAAGGCAGCCGUUUUG